AUGGGGACAUGCUUGCUUGCAUGGAGCUUGCCCAGCUGCUGUUUGUUUGAACUUUUCCAACUCCUCAGCGUACAUGACCAAUCUCUACCCAGAGAAGACUCAGAGAGCCCCGAUAGCAUCGCAGCGCCAGGUCUCCUGUCGUUCUGCAUAUUCGGCAGAAUGGCUCAACAACCUUCCAAGUUUGUGUCCAAGGGUCAGGCUUACAGUUCGUUCCAGACUAUCGCUAGAGAAGGCUAUCGGAUUGAUGCAAAUAUUGCUCAAUACCACAAACUCACACAAGAUAUCAAGGCUAAGGGCAACCUGCAAACACCUGCCGGGUUGACUCUUCAAGACUCAGAACGUGAACUCCAAGCAGCACGCAAUACCCAAUCGUACCUCGCCGGAGAAGCUGUUCGCAUUUCAGACCAGAAUCAUGCCUUGGACAUUCUCAACAACAACCUGGUCGAAUGGCUCAAGACUGCCACGUACGAUCAAAACUACAAUCGCACCACUGUGGCAACCAACUACGUCUCCCAACUCGUCGAAACCUUUGCUUCGUUUAUCAAAGCCGACAUGAAGAACAAGCACAAGGCUAUUUCUCGUGACGAUAUCGGCAAGCUUGUCAAAGCCCUCGGCGUCGCACAGGUACAAGCUCUCCCAACCUCCAUCACACCGCAAGAUGACACCGAAGCGCUCGUUCUUCAAGGAGUCAGUGGCGAGUUUGCCUCUCACAACCAAUUCACCAUCAAAGAGGUCUUGAGUGUGGCCACCGAGUGGAUGUCGGAAGCAGCAAAAUGCGGCGACAAGGUUCAGACCUUGCUGAAGCGGAAUGCCGAGAAAAAGGAGGAACUGCGAAUCUUGGUUCGGAACAAGUCUGAGUUGGAUGAGGAAGUGCAGAGGUUGGGGGCUGCGGCUGCUCAGAAGGACACCACCAUAACGGAGUUGAAGGCUGCCGCUGAAGAGUACCGCCUUGCUCUUCAAGAGGCCCAUGACCAGCAUGAGGAGGUCGAGGCUGUCCUUCAGCGAGAGCUCCAAGAGGCAGUUGCAGCAGCCGAUAAAGUCAAGAAGGAUUACGAUUGGCAUAUCAAGAAUGUUGGCACCACGGAUAGUCGGGAUGCAGCUCUCGUGUCCGAGUUCCGAAAGGCGAUCAGAUCUGCUCGCGUCACACCUCCACUGGAGGUCACGACGCCUCUUGCCUAUCUCACUCACUUCCUUGACGAGUUGGUCGAGUCGCGUGAGUCGUCAGAGAUGUACGAGGCUAUGAAGGAAGAACACGCCGAGUGCGAAGUCAACGCACAGCGCAUGCAAGACGACAAUGACGACUUUCAGGAGAGACUCGACAAAAUGACCGACAUCGCAACCGACGCCCAGAAGCAGAACUCGCGUCACACAAAGUCCCUCUCGCGACACCAAAAGGUCAUGUCGGAGCAAACUUUAGAACUGAUCGAGUAUGACAACAAGGCUAAAUCGGAUAGCGAGAAGAUUGCUGGUCUUGAGAGCGAAAAUUCUUCCAUCAACGCUCGACUGCAAGACAAACUCACAAAGAUUCAAAACCUGAACGGCAUUGUCACAUCGUACAAAUCAGUCUCCUACGAGUUCAGAAUUCUUGCAACCGUGCUUGGUCUCGACGUCAGUCCUAAGCCUGCUCAAAUCACGGCAGCGGUGACAAAGUUACUGUCCAAGGUCCAGCAGCAACAAUCAACGACUAGCGAGACUCUCAAGGAGAGGGCUCUUGCCGCAGAAGCAGAAUUGAGAGUCUACAAGGAGCUUGACCAUCCCGCUCGAAUCGCGACUUUGGAAGAGCAGCUAGAGGCACUCGCCAAGAAAGAGAAAGUUUGUUCCAACGAGCUCACAACCACAAAGCGUGAUCUCAAGGUUUCUCGAGCGUCCGGUACAGCCCAAGCUUCCAAAAUCGAUGAGCUUUCGCAAUUGAAGUCACAAGAUGCAGUCAAGAUCGCCACACUGGAGGCAUCAAUCGAGCAUUGCAAGCUUGACAACGCUAGACUGAACAAACAACACGACAAGCUAGAGAACAAACUUGACAGUGCUCAACGAGAGAACGAAGCGCUUUCGCAAACCGCCUCGAAUCUCCGCGAAAGACAAGUCAAUGUUGUCGCCGAUGUUCAAGCCAAACUCGACAAGGCCUUGGAAACUUCCCGGCAGCUCGAACGAGACCUGAAUGCAUCUGAAGAGAAAGCCAGGACUUUCUGCUCGCACUACGACGGUUUCAAGGUUUCAGUCAUGGGUGCAAUCAACUACACUGAUGAGGAUAAGUCUCCACAGCAGAUCUUUGCUGCAUUGCAGGAUCUUGCCAAGCGACUUGGUGCUGUAAGGACAGCUCUCAAGACCGACCACAACGUCGACAUUGCUGAUCACAUCACACGCAAUCUCCACACCAAAGAGAGCGUCAACGAGGAGGUUCGUCAGGCCCUGAAGCCGCUGAGGGAGCAUCUCUACAUUUCAGAACAGGAGGACCUUUCAGAAGCAAUCCAGUCUCUAGUCAAGGAGAAGAGCGACGCUCUGGUGCUUCUCGAGGAGAUUGACCUCCCAGACGACUUGAGCGACACCCAAAGCGAGGUCACAGCCAAGAUCAAUAUCAUCUCUGAUGCAGUCAAGAAGUUACAAAAUGCAAUCGGCACGUACGACACAACCUCGGCAUAUGUGGACGAAGUCGAGAGGUUGAAGCGGUCAGACCAACUCGCAAAGGCUAUGGAAAAUGCUCUCGAGGGAGUUGCAACCAACGCCUGUGUCGACAAGAUUAAUGAGCUGAAGACCAAGCACACCGCCCUUCAGACUAUUUACGACGCCCUCAAUGUGACAACGCCUCUUACGGCCUCAAGUCUCAUCAACAGUCUCAAGGCCGAUGGCGACAACAUGUCAGCUGUUCGCAGUACGCUCGAAGUGACGACCAAUGAUCAAGCAUUACAAGUCAUCACCAAGCACAAGAAUGAUAGCGCUGAGCUUCAAAAGAUCUGUGUCCAGCUUCUCGUUGCUACUGAUCAAGCCGUCUCUACCGUGACUGGAAAACUUUGGCCUGGAUUCCAAGAGCUUGAACUCAUCUACAAGGCUCUCGAUCAUUCAGCGGACGGCACAGCUCCAGCUCUUGUUGAAGAUCUCCAAAAGGUCAAGACUGAGCAUACUCAAAUCAUCAAUGAGCUCGGGUCGUCCUUCCAAGGUACGGCCAUCGCAUCCAUCAAGGCUCUCAACACUGUGAAGAGAGAGCAUGAACGCAUCUACAAGGCUCUCGGCUUGGCUCAGGGACGCAAUGCUGUCGAGUUUAUCGGUACCCUCACAGAAAUCAAGACCGAGCACGACAGAAUUUAUGCUGCUCUCGGUGCUUCUGGACAGGGCAAGGCUGUUCGGCUCAUCAAUGACCUCAACAAGAUCAAGACCGAACACGGCACGAUUUUUGCCACUCUCGGUGCUUCUGAAAAGGACAAGGCUAUUGAGCUUAUUGUUGACUCCAAGAAGACCAAGACCGAACACGACCUUAUUUGUAGCGAACUCGAUACUUCUGGACAAGGCAAGGCUCUUGACGCAAUCAAGUCUCUCAAGACGUCCAAGACCGAGUCGACUCAACUGUACCAGGAGAUCAAGGGCCAAAAGCAGCGGAUUUGCAACGCUCUCGAAUUGCCCGAGGACAGCGAUGCCACCGAUGCUGUCAAGUCACUCAAGGAUGUCAAGACCGAGUACCAGCAAAUUUACAAGGCUCUCGGCGCAGCCGAAGGCAAGGCUCUCAAGUCUAUCGACGCUCUCCAGCAAAUUGAGACCAAAUAUGACCAGAUUUAUCACACACUCAACAAGCCCAUAACAUCCAGGAGUGCCGUAACCGCCAUUCUUGUUCUUCGGGAUGUCGAGGAUGCAUACGACAACCUUCGAAAGUUGAUCAGUGACAACGACAAGAGCUCUUCGACCGAGGCUGUCAUAGGCCUACGAGCUGUGUCUGCCGACUAUUCUAGUCUCACGUCCCGUCUGUCUGCCGACAACAACGAUGGUUGCAUUGCUGAGAUCGAUCAACUCAAAAACACCAAGGAGGCCUUUGACGCGCUCGCUCAGCUCUUGCCUGGUCGGGACAGUCAGGAUAACCAGUCUCGUAUCCAGGAAAUCACAAGGCUUCAAGAGUCUGACGAGGCUUUUGCAUCACUUAUCAAUGCCCUUCCCCCCCACGUUGGCGCCAAGCAUGUCGAGGAGGCCGAGAGGCUCCGGCAGAAUGACACGGCCUUCAAGGCGCUCGCUGAACUCUUGCCUGGUCAGAAUAGUCGGGAUAACCAGCUUCGUAUUGAUGCAAUCAAACAGCUUCAGCAGCGCAGCAUGGCUUUCGACUCGCUGGUUUCCGCUCUGCCUGUCCACGAGACGGACAAUCACAUCGGUGAGAUUGAGAGACUGAAGAGCAUCGAGGAGAAGAUUGUCCAAGACUCGCCCAUCAACAAUCAAGAUCCCAUCACCGAAGUCGAGCGUCUCAAGACAGCAGACGACACUCUUGGAAGAAUCAGAACAAUCCUUACUUUGGCACCUGGUGAAAACCCUAUCACCAAGAUCAACACUCACAACCUCGCAAGUGCCACCUUGGAUGCAGUCAAAGCCAAACUGGGGCCGCUCCAACGUCCUGUCCAAGACGAAGUCGAAGGAAUCAAGGUGCAAGCCGCCACUGCCGGAGCAGAUCUCGACAAGGUUGACCAAGCUCUUGGACUGGGCGAUGGGCGCGGACGUGUUCAGGUCAUUGGUGAGCUUCGCAGCGGUCUUGAGGGCGCCAAACUCGAUCGAGACAAAUACAAGAAAGAGCGCGACGAAGCCCAGAAAGAGCUGCUUGCAAUUGGCAAUGCAAUGGGGCCUGCAUCCAAGGCGUCCACAUUGGCUGGCGUGGUCACGAGUUGGAAGACCGAACUAGGCAAUAUCACCGCAGAGCUGGAGCCUAUCAGUAGACGCACCAGAGUUCAAGCCAUCCAAGACAUCAAGACCGAGCUUGCUCAGACCAAGAUCGAUCGUGAUACACACCAGAAUAACGACAGACAGGCACAGGCUGCCAUCACCGCGGUAAACCAAGAACUGGAUCCUCUGGAUGACCGCACACCUGUCCAGGCCAUUCAAGACAUCAAGGUCGAGCUUGCUCAGCUCAAGAAGGAGCGCGCUACCUCCGAUCAGGACCGCCAAAAGCUCGAAUCGGAUCUUUAUAGAGCUCGCCGCGGUUCUGAAAACUACCGUCGGCUGUACAAAGAGAUGUCCAAUAUUAAGCAAGGGCUGGGUAUGGGUGAUCGCACGCUUUCAGAGGCAGUCCGCGACCUCUCAAACCGUCUCACUGCAGCCGAGAGCGCACGGGAUACACAACUGGAGAAUUUCGACAAUGCCCAGGCCCACAUUGCCGAUAUCGAAAAGAAACUGGAUCUGACAGGUGGUCGCACGGUUCUUGGAGCCAUUGACGACCUCAAACAAGCUCUUUCCCAGGCAACCACCUCUCAAGACAAGCUCCAAGAUGAAAUUGAUGUUAUCCUUGACCAGAUCAACCAACCUGGUCUUUCUCUUGGACAAGCUGUGCAACAUCUACAGGACAGGAUCCGUGCCUUCAUUGAUGAAAUGGACGGGAUAGACGAAGAACUCAAAAAGGCUCUUGGAUUGGAUGAACGUGUCACACCGGAGCUCCUGACGGCUGUUGGACACUUGGCUUUGCCUGAUGUCUCGCUCGUGAGCCUCAAUCUGCUUGAGCGUUUGAUCACUCUUCGUUCAUGGGCGGAUGGUAACAAUGCCCUUCCAUACAUCGUGACUGGAUGGCAACUUGUCACGAGCGUAACGACGCGUUGGCGCUCUUGCACUCAGGUCAUCACCGUCUUGAGAUUUCUACUGCUUUCCGACACCGAGGCGUCGAUGCAGUUGGUUCAGGUGCUCUUUUCAUCCCCUGUGCAAUGCUCUAUAAAGGAUUUGACCAGGCUUGUUGAUUUGUUGGAAGUUCAUUCUUCGAGUGGACCAUCGCUUGUUGACGAGGUCCACGCCUUCGUCACUGCACGCAUGCUCGAAUUCAUCAUCCGUGAGUUGCCCAGGCUUGAUCAUGCAGAGCCUCAAGUCUCGAGAUUGAUCGAGUCUUGGACAAGAAUCUACCAGACCGCACCUCUUACCAUGCCUCGUAUUUUUGAGGAGUUGCAAGAGAGUGCGGCUGUCCAGACUAUGCAGGAAGCUACCUCGUUGCGAGUCUUCUACUGCAAUGUUCUCCCAGGCUACCAUCUCGUGGUUGACGGUCAUGCCCUGGAGCUGUUCGAGGAGGAGGAUCUCGAGGUAGAUCUGAUUCUAUGUCGUAUCAGCUUCCCGGAGGAGUCUAUUCCGGCAUUCACCACCAACCUGGAGUUGGAAAGGGUGAACCCUAUGAUUCGUCUCCACAUGAGAAGCUUGUGGCUCAGAGGUACCGUGUAG